GAGAAGAAGAUUCUAUCUAUUGAUAGGCAUUUCCCUGGUAUGUAUAUUGACAUUACUGGCAGUCGUGGUCAGGAAGUUUUUAAAGUUGGUUUUGGUCACACUCGUUUAUUUUUUCCUGAGGAAUUUGGUGUUGUACUUCAUGUUGAGGAAUAUGCUAAACAGCGACAAGAAGCUCGUGCUCUUAAGUGGGAAUUAGAAGAAGCUAAGAAAUAUGGUUUGAGUUUGGAAGAAUAUCGAUCUCAGGAAAAAUACAUUGAGAAAGCUAAGUUAGCUAACAAGGACAACGAACAAGAGAACCAUCCCUGGCAAACAGGAGGAGGGCAGGAAGAGGAAGGAGCUGCUGCUGGAGUUGGGCCCUUUGGUAAGAAUAAAGAAAGUGAAAAGGAUAAGAUGUCAGAGGCUAUAAUGCACGUAUCAACUAGUGAGCCACUCAGUGAAGGAAGAAGACAACAAGAAGAACGAGCAUAUGAACUAGCAAGACAACAGAGUCAACAUGGUGGUGGUGAUCCAACUGGAUAUGAAGUUAUUAAAAGAGGAGAAGUUAAGCCUACAGACGACAACUACUCAGAUGUUGAACCUUAUCAUACUGUUCCUGAAGAUCAUCAACAAGAUGUCAGCCCUGUUUCUCAAGGAUCACAAAAACCGUCACUAAAAGCUCAUCAUGAAGAAGGAUACAAGAGCCUUUCUUCAUACAAUACUCAUCAUCCAUACUCUCCUAAUCUUCGUCAUUCUCCUGAUCCUCCUGCUGAUUAUCGUGGUGGUAAUCAUCAAGGUUAUAAUUGUGAUAAUCAAUAUAGGGGUCAUCAUGAUCCUCCUGGUCAUCAUGAUCGCCGUGACCCUUCUCAUGAUCCUCAUCAUCAGUUCACUGUUGGGUCAAUGGUGCGUGUGGUUGCCAUACAAAGAGGUGAUCCAUUGUAUGGUGUAGUACAGUGGAUAGGGAUACUACCUGACUACCCUGGAACAAUAGCUGGAGUGGAAUUGGAAAAAACAAUAAAUGGUGGUACUGAUGGUACACGGGGUGGAAGAAGAUUCUUUACUUGCCCUUAUGGUAAAGGUUACUUAAAUUUUCAUUUUUAGUGAUUAAAGAUUCCAAUAAAGAAGAGAUGAUUAAACUAAAAGAAGAAAUCCAUCAACUUCAGAGAUCAAUUGAAAAUCUUCAGUUAAAGAAAGACACUCAGCAAAGGACAGCCAAACAGCAAGCA